AUGGGGAAAGCUGGCAGCCUCAGCAACUCUGAUGUGCACAGGUGCACUGCACAGUGCCUGGGACCCUUGGCCUUCCACUCUCAAACAAAAGGCGAGUGCAUCCGCCUGUCUGACUGUGGCACAUGUGCACAGCGCAACACUGACACCUUUAAGAACGGCCUGCUCUUCAGCUGCCGCUCUGUCAGGGUGCAAGAGAGAGUGCGCCUCAGAAUAGACAAACAUCGGCUCAGCUGGACCGGAGCGCUCCGUGUGGGCUUCACCUCUGUCCCUCCCUCAACCCGCGCUGGAGAGCUGCCCUGCAUGGCCAUCCCCUGCCUCACAAAGCUCCCAGGAUACUGGGCAGCUCCAUUGAGAGACUCUGCGGCUAAGACUGGAACCCUGCUGGAGUUCUGGGUCUCAAACAGCGGCUGUUUGAACGUCAGCAUUAACAACAGUCAGUGCAAACUAUUGACAGGUGUGGACAUCAGCAGACCACUGUGGGCCAUGAUUGAUGUGUACGGUCAAACGUGUGGAGUUACUUUAUUAGGAUCAGUGAAGAAAGAAUUUUUUCACACAAGAAAGUCCUGUCUUCCUCCACAGUAUGAAAGUCACAAUGCCCCCGGUUAUGAACCAUGCAGAGACAUCACACAGUUGGACACACAGACUUCAGCAGACAAAAACAUCUGUGAGGAUUGUGUGGUGUGCUUGGGGAAAGAGGCCAGGAUUAUCGUGAAGCCAUGUGGACAUCAGUGCUUGUGUUCGAACUGUGCAAUCAGAAUUAUGGAGGAAUUCGGCACCUGCCCACUGCACCCUGUUUGCCAGAGACACAGAGAACAGCCAGUGGGAGGAGGGCAGAGCAGCACUCCUUUAUUUUCAUCCACUUCCUCUGUCCUCCGCACUGACGGCAGCUCACUGCGCAGCCUGUCUAUUUGA